AUGGAUUGCCUUGAGAAUGCGGUCAUGGGGAUCAAUGGCCAGUUUCCUGGACCGACCAUUCGUGCUCGUGCCAGAGAUACCAUCGUUGCGAGAGACGGAACUAGCAUGGGGCCAUGGCCCCCCUCCUCCAUGCUCAAGAACCCCUCUAGUAUACCUACAGUAGUGAGCAUCACUUUUGCUGGAACAUAUUUCUACCAUGGAUACUAUGGGAUGCAAAGCUCUCGGGAACAAGAGGUUGACCUCUCUUUCAAGCCAUUUCAAUGGGUUGGUGAACCCCAGACACCGCUGAUGAACGGGAGAGGGCAAUACAAUUGUUCAAUAGCUGCGCAAGUUAGCAAUACGUCAUCUGGCCCUUGCAAUUUGACCGGGAACGAGCAGUGCGCGGCCCAAAUCCUCAACGUACAACCAAACAAGACCUACAGGCUGAGGGUGGCUAGCACCACUGCACUGGCUUCGGGGGCGGAGCUAGAAAGUCAUGUCAGGGUAGGCCCAUAUAUUUCAACAAACUAA